CCACCUUAUCAUCGACUUUAGCUUACCAUAAAUCUACAGAGCGAUCAAGACAUGACUCCUCUGUUUUCAAGCCAUGGCCAUUCUAAUAACUUUCAUCAUGACCAUCCUCUUGUCUCUUUCCACUCAAAUCGGCGUCCAAGCCACAGAGUACGACGUCGGCGACACCGAAGGGUGGGAAACCGGCACCAACUUCCUCCGCUGGUCUCGGAAUCACAACUUCACCGUUGGCGAUGUUUUAGUGUUCAAUUAUGUGCCGGUGCAGCACAACGUGUAUCAGGUGACGGAAGAGACGUACAGAUCUUGUAACUGGAGCUCCGGCGUGCUUAAGAUGUACGUCAGCGGUCGCGACCGGGUGACCCUGGCGGAGGCGACGAGUUACUGGUUCAUAUGCGGCGUGGAGGGACACUGCCAAGGAGGAAUGAGGAUGGGCGUCAGCGUGGCCUCCUCCGGCGGUCUCGCUCCUGCGCCAGCACCGGAGGAGCGGGGCAGUUGGGGCGGCGGAGGGCGGGCGGUGGUGCGGUGGUGGGUAUUAAUUAGUUGUCUGGUAUUAAUGAUGGUGUGGGAUAUGUAAGGUUGGAGUUAGACUGGGUCUGUGUGCGUGUGGACCCUUUGAAAGAGAUGUCGAAUUUAAUUUGAUGGGUAAUUUAUUUUAUUUUAUUUUUGCUAUUUUUUUGUGAGAAGAUUGACAUAAAUGGAUAUACGAAGGGUUCCUAUAAAAUAAACGGAUUAAAAAUGUACUUUUUAUAUUA